UACUGUGUCUUGAUAAUGCUCUCUUGCCUUAUUUUAUAUCCAUAGCUUCCGUACUUUUGUACAUUUAAGUGUGAUUUUACUUGAGUGAGCUUGUCCACUCAUCGAGCCUACAAGUCAUCACUCAGGGCCAGUGUUGUCCAUUAACCUGCCUGUGUGAGCAUCAGAAACAUGGCGGAAAGCGAGUUGAACGUUGACAGCCUCAUCUCUAGAUUACUGGAAGUGCGAGGAUGCCGUCCAGGGAAGAUCGUACAGAUGACAGAGGCUGAGGUGCGGGGGCUCUGCAUCAAGUCCAGAGAGAUUUUCCUCAGUCAGCCAAUUCUUCUUGAACUUGAGGCUCCACUCAAAAUCUGUGGUGAUAUCCAUGGGCAGUACACAGACUUGUUAAGGCUAUUCGAGUAUGGAGGUUUUCCGCCAGAGGCCAACUAUCUGUUCCUGGGAGAUUACGUGGAUAGAGGGAAGCAGUCAUUAGAGACCAUUUGCCUUCUUCUCGCUUACAAGAUCAAAUAUCCAGAAAACUUCUUCUUGCUCAGAGGGAACCACGAGUGUGCCUCCAUCAAUCGCAUCUACGGCUUCUAUGACGAAUGCAAACGCAGGUUCAACAUAAAGCUCUGGAAGACAUUCACAGACUGUUUUAACUGUCUGCCCAUUGCUGCGAUUAUUGAUGAGAAGAUUUUCUGCUGUCACGGAGGACUGUCACCUGAUCUGCAGUCCAUGGAACAAAUCCGACGUAUUAUGAGACCCACUGAUGUCCCAGACACAGGCUUGCUGUGCGACCUGCUGUGGUCUGAUCCAGACAAAGAUGUCCAGGGCUGGGGUGAAAAUGAUCGGGGCGUCUCCUUCACCUUUGGGGCUGAUGUGGUCAGCAAGUUCCUCAACCGCCACGACUUGGACCUCAUCUGUCGAGCACAUCAGGUUGUUGAGGACGGUUAUGAGUUCUUUGCAAAGCGGCAGCUGGUGACCCUGUUUUCUGCUCCCAAUUACUGUGGGGAGUUUGACAAUGCAGGCGGCAUGAUGAGCGUGGACGAAUCACUCAUGUGUUCUUUUCAGAUCCUGAAGCCGUCAGAGAAAAAAGCUAAGUAUCAGUAUGGAGGGGUGAAUUCAGGACGCCCUGUCACCCCACCUCGUACCACUCAGGCACCUAAAAAGAGGUGAGCAGCUGGCCCCGACUCUCCUGCUCCUCCUCUGGCUGGGCUUUGGCCCACAUCCCUGCAGGCUGCCUCAAACACUCCAGCCUUCUCAGUCAGUUUAUUCAUGUGUAAAUAAAAACUCAAAGAGAG